AUGGAAAAACUCGAGGGAUACGCCAGUCAACUCUCCAAUGCAGCCCAAGCCCUAACCUCCUACUAUCGCCUUUUCCAUACCCAAGCCUCCCUCUUUACAAAAGCGCGAACAGAAAUACAACAGUCGCGACAGCUAAUUCUCUCUAAUCUGACCCAGAUUCAAAUCCUCCUCAACGAACCGGGGGCCUUUAUCCAGCAGCUAGCGACGCAGAAUCAAUAUCUCGCCUGUAUUCACUGGCUUGGCGAGUUCCAAGUCUUAGCCUGUAUCCCUCUCUCCCACAGUGUCCCCUUCGAAGAUGUGGCCGAACUAGCCGGGAUUCCGGAGUCACAUCUGCGUCGGGUGGUCCGCAUGGUAGCGACGACGGGAUUCCUGCACGAGCCGGAACCAGGCCAUGUCGCGCAUAGUACUCUGUCAGCUCACUUUGUGACACGACCGUCAUACCUUGAUGCAGCCAUGUUUCUCGCCGAGAUGGCCGCCCCGGCUGCCCUACAGAUGCCCGCUACCAGUCGGGACCCCGUCUCCGCCUCUUUAUUAAUGACUACGGCGUCAGCACAGCAGCCCAAGGUCCAGCGGCAAUCGUCUGCCUACCUGCAGUACGGGCUAGGCCACACGGAUGUUAAUGCAUUAGAGCCGCUUGAUCAAUUUGACUGGGCGGGAUUAGGAGGUGCGACUGUGGUGACGUCCGGAACAUACGCGAUUCCAGCCAUUCGUAGUCUGGCAAAUCAAUUUCCGAACCUCCUCCGCCUCAUCGUCCAGACCGACGGCGACGUAGGACCCGAUAGAGUCUGUCCACGCAUAACACUCCAGAAUCGAACUCAGGGCACCUUACAGAAUGUCCACGAUGCGGAUGUCUACGUUAUAGGACUGCCAUCUCCCUCACCCACACUCCCUGUUUUGACAAUCCUCGAUCAGAUGGCAUCUGAGCUCCGCGCCCACCUACCUGUAGCGCGGGCGUCCCGACGUCCGGCGAUCUUAAUGCUCGUGCCUCGCUUGAUAUAUGACCACGGCUCCACGGCGGAGUCAACUGGCGAGCUCGUAGCUCGGUUGCACGACCUGUCGCUUCUACAGCUCGCCAAUGAGCGGGCGAUGGAGAUGGCAGAGCUGAUUCAGAUCGUCAACAGCAUCGGGGAUGGUACUGGCCGUCUAGGGGUUGUACGGCGGAUGGGCACCCCUCACAUGGCGGGUGUAUUGUUGGAGGUUCGAUAUCAUGCUUACAGUACUGAUCGGUAA